AUGCCACAAGACCACCACAAUUGUGCCCCAUGCCGACCUGUUCCGCCAGAACAAGCUCAAAGGCAGUGCCUCUGUUGCCGCCAGGCAUCGGCUGCUGACACGGAGCUUGUCUGCGAGCUGCUUCGUCAAAGCAGUAGCCAGGCUGUUCGAAGCAGGCUGGCUAUUGUCCCCUGCUUUGAGGCCUUUGGUUUAAGCGUUCCUCCAGAGGAAGAGCUAAGGGCCUAUGUAGAAGAUCUUCUAAAUAGCACAUAUCUCUGUCAAAUAUGCGAAGAUGAAGAAGGAACCCCUCUUGCAUUCAUGGCUCUGGGGCACUCCCCAUUUGUGUCGACCCCCUUCUAUUCCACACCUGAGCUGCCGAGUACACUGGCUGAUAACCCAGCAGUACAGGAACUGUGCGGCACGCAGUGCAACAAGUGGUUUACAAACUGGCCUCAGUGGCUGAGGGACCGCUUUAGCUGUAAUAGGCGGCAGGCAGCUGUCAGGAUACAGCACCAUUUAGCACCAGGGUCUCAGGCCUCAGAGACCUUUGAUUCGGACUCUGAUAACACCGAAAGCGAGUUAUCCAGGGAAGGGAGCAGCCAAGCCACCUCCCCUUUGCCGUUGUCAUUUUCGGAUUCCGGUGAAGCGGGCAUCGACGCCACUGCAUCGGCUGUGACGCGGCUGAGCGACGGGAGCUGCAUCGUCCCUACGAACACUCUGUGGCUGUUGAUCUUUGCAUGUAGACCGAAGCCCGAUUCAGGCGUAGUUGAAGCAGCCAACAUAGCUAAAAUUAUGCUGCAGAGCACUUUUGCGAGUAUGUACGAACUACAGUGGGUACUGUUACUCGAAAGGACGAAAGGAACUAUGCUGAACGGCUACGAUGUGAUAUCCCAGCAGUUGUCUGGUUUGUUACCACCGUUGCCGGAGGGUAGCGCUCUUACUAACAGGUCGCAAAAUGCCGGAUACGAAAAUCCUGGGAAUUUGAGAGAGACGCAAGUGAGGGCGUGCAAACGGCAAGUGCUUCUUCCGGACUUGCACACGAGGCUGGCACAGAUGGAGGACCACGAUGAUCUCGUUGCAAUAUUCGACAAGCAAACCCUGCUGCAGUCUAAGAUCUAUGGGGAAUACUUUCUAGCCGAAUUGAUAGGCUGUAAGGCCUCUACUCAAGACAAGAACAACCGCUGCAUUUCUGCUGAAGUCAAUGGGCGCGCGGCGGGUUUUGCGAGUUUUACGACGGAUGUGGACUUGGCCCUAUUGAUGAACUGCUUCGAGCUUUCCAAUUUUGAUUUCUUCAUAAAGCCAAGCUAUCACGACCAAAUCAAGGCCACUUUGCUCGCGCAGCACAGUCUUACAGCCAUGGGAAAAGCUAAUGACUUUGCACUGCCUCCAGAUAACUGGCGAAACACAAGGGGCACUGGAGUGCAAGCAGCCCUUCUCACGAUCCCAGGUACAGGAUUGCGCGGCUCAGUGUCGAAACAGGCAGGCUUUGCUCUAGAAAGAGGAUGCGUUGCAUUAGCAUCAUGA